AUGAGAGCGGAGGGGAAGGCUAGGUCCACACCAUGCGGCUUUCUCGCUGCUGUCACCGCAGUCUCCACACCUGGCAAGGACUUGGCUCGACUUUGGGCACCACUUUGCCAACAACUGGGCUCUCCACCAGCAGACAAAUCAAACCGCUGCCUUAAGCCAGAGUUGUGGAAUGCCUAAAUGCUAGGCUCAGGGUAAGCUUCAUCUUGAUGAGCCUCCAAAUGCAGUGACAUGGAAGAGGGUGUAUGAGAACCCGCCACCGAGGGCAGCGUGUGUGCGCAGUGGGCACGGUCAACGUCGGGCUGCAGGAGGCGUUCUUCCUGUCCGCGGACGGAAAGGGCACCCCUCGCGGGUCAGGAGGCCCUGAAGUCGGAGCUGGGGCCAUGGAGGCCUCCGUGCUGAGCCCCACGUCCUGGGAGAAGCGGCGAGCCUGGGUCCGGCAGAGCCGCUACUGGCAGGCCCAGGUCCUGGAGGAGGAGGCCGCGGCCGCCCUGCAGGAGGUCCCAGAGCUUGAGCCUUCCAGCCUGGACGACGUUUUCCAGGAAGGGAAUCCAAGCAGCAAGAUUGAACACUGGCUGCUGGACUGUGGCUCUUCCGAGGAAGGACUUUUGGAGGAAGCAGGACAGUCCAUCAAUAACGGAUGCUCCAGCUUUGAAGAUGACCUGACCCUUGGAGCAGAGGCCACAUUGCUGGCCACCAAUGGCAAGCUCUUCCCCAGGAGAUUCCUCCAGACGGCCAGGCCCUGCCAGCUACAUGAUCUUGGCUGUAGUUUGGCUUCCAGCAGCAUGACUGGUGGGACCACCCAGACCAGUUCAAGCAUCUCAGACAUUCUGGACAAGGUGCAAGAAGACGCUGAAGCCGUCCUCUUCAGCCUGGGCUUCGGCCAAGAGGCCCACAGAGACACUUCGCGGAUCCCUGCCAGAUUUUUCACCACCCCCUCUCAGGCCAAAGGCAUUGACUUCCAGCUCUUCCUGAAGGCCCAGGUGCGGAGGAUUGAGAUGGAGGACCCCUGCCUCAUGCUGGCCAGCAGAUUUAAGCAAGUGCAAACCCUGGCUGUCACUGCUGAUGCCUUCUUCUGCCUCUACUCCUAUGUGUCCAAGACGCCUGUCCAGAAGUUCACACCAUCCCACUUGCUCUGGAAUUACAACCCAUCUGAUGUGCCCUCCAUCAGGAUUCAGGCCCCAGAGCCUGAACCCCAGUCACCCCGAGACCGCCUCCGGAAAGCUAUCUCCAAAAUGUGCCUGUAUACUGGUUCCCGGGAUCGGCUGUCACUGCCCCCCACCCCCCAGAAAAGGAACAGUUUGGACCAAGUGGUGUGGGAAGUGAUGGACAGAGUGAGAGGAGAGAAACUAGUCCUCCAGCAAGGCUCUGGGAUUGAGCGAGACCCCCAGGAAGCUCCUGUACUCCCUGAAGGAGACAUGGAGCUGUCCCCUUCUUCCUCUCCAUGCGCUUCCCGCCCUAAAGAGGAAACACAGCAGGCAAUGCCCAUGGUGUUCUCAUCAUCGCAAACUCUGGAGCCUAUCUGCAAGGCACCCUGUUGCACACAUUCUCUGCCUAGAGAAGAUCCACGGUGGAGUGCAAACCCUGCACAGGUGCGGAGAGAACUGUGGGAGCUACAGGCCACCGCCAAGGGAGCCCAUUCCACUGAGGAUGAGCCUUUUUGGAAAAGGAAGAGGAGGGCAAGAAAGAGCCUGUUUCAGAAGCAACCCCUGGACACAAGGACUGAGCCGUCGAACCUCUUCCCCAACCAGCAGAAGUGGACGCUGAGCCCAGGGAGGUCAGAACCACGUCAGGCUCAAAUCUACCAGCUGCAGGGUGCAUUUUACUGGGAGGAGAUGCAAAGCAACAGUGAGGAGGAGGAGAGCCCUUGGUCAAGCAGAUCCAGGCACCCCAACAUCUACCAGAUUUGUGCUAGCAAAGACUCAAGAAGCUUUCCCCACCAUCACAGCCGCACCUGCUCGGACAGCAGCGACUGCACAGAAAAAGCCACUUUGCCAUCUCUUCUUGCGUGAGACUGUACUGCCUUCAGCACCCACACUCUGCCCCUUGGCCCUCCGAAACCUUGAACCUGACUGGAAAAAGGCAGCCUGGUAUAGUAGGAAGAAAACCAGCCUGAGAGACUUGGAAUCUACAUCCUGAUGCUGUCACAAACUGCAUGCUGAGAGAGAGAGAGAGAGAGGGAGAGAGAAUCUUAGGCAAUGCCACUUCAUUCCUCUGCACGUUGGUUUCUCUACUAUGUGGGUAUCAGAAUACAUAUGGUGAAAGAGUGGUAAAGGGGACCAAGGAUUUUCUCCCAGGCUUUGCCAUUGGCAAGGGCAGUUGGAAGAUUUAAGAAGUUCAAGUUUGGGGAGCAAGAGUUGUUACUGGAAUGCUCUCAAAGGACUCAAGCUAAGAGGGGAAGGAGAAAUCGGACACCAUGGUGCAACCUGCCCUGGGACUCCUUCAGAAUAUGUUCAUUUUUCGUUCUCCUAAUUAAAUUCCAGACUAUCUUCCGCAGUAGAUGCCUAUUUUUCUUCUUGAGUUCUGAUCCUGGAAGACCUACUUGAAGCCUUGUCUUAAAUUCAGUUCUGCCCUCUGCCCAAAAUUCUCUCUGCAUAGGAAAAGGGAUGAUGGGCAUUCAAGAUGACUCCUCCUGACCACGGCAAACUUUCAUUAUAUUUUCUGCUGGCAGAAUACAACACAAUUAAAAAUAUAUUUUAAAAUCAUGGUAUGUUUUAAAAAAUAAUUAACAGUUGUGGUUUGCUUUGCAGAACUGUCUCAGGGUUUGAGCACAUAACGAUAGUCUGCUCCAUAGUACUUGAGUACAGAGCAUCUUGCAAAUUUUUAUUUUGUUUUUUAAAAAUCUAUUUUAUUUAUUUGAAGGACAAAGUGACAGAGAGAGAUCUUCCAUCUACUGGUUCACUCUUCAAAUGGCCAGGAGCCCAGAGCUCCAUCCAGGUCUCUCAUGUGGGUGCAGGGGCCAUCUUCUGCUGCCCCAGGUCUAUGAACAG